UUAUUAUUAUUAUUAUUAUUAUUAUUAUUAUUAUUAUUAUUAUUAUUAUUAUUAUUAUUAUUACAAAGUAACUACCCUAUUUCUAAUUAGUAAUUUAGUAGCUUAGAAUUGUCUGGGAAAGGUGAGACUGCUUUUUAAAUAAAGUAUGUUUGGUUAGAUAUCCAUGCAUUUUCAAACCCGCCCAGAUAAAGUUUCGUUUGCUCGCGAAGAAAAACAUCGUUUAAUUGUUAGUUUUAUUAAUAGGUAGUAUAAGAUAAUAAGCCUGAUUUUUGAUCAAUCACAAUAUCACCUUACAAAAUGUAAUAUGACAAUAUUAUUAGUAAGCUAAGCAUAAAAUUUCCCUGGUUAUUUGGGAUAAUCAUAAUAAUUUUAUAUCUACAAACUUCCUCUUAUCUACCAUUUGAAUUCUGCUCAUUGUGUAAUUCACCACUUGAAUUCAUUUUUAUUUACGUUUUGGUUAUUUUAUUAUUAUUAUUAUUAUUAUUAUUAUUAUUAUUAUUAUUAUUAUUAUUAUUAUUAUUAUUAUUAUAAUUAUUAUUAUUAUUACUACUAUUAUCAUCAUCAGCAUUAUUAAUAUUAAAUUGUAGGGUGUUUAUUACUAUAAUAUACAUACAUAACCACAAGAUUAUGGUCCAACUUAAUUACAUGUUUCUUAAUUAACUAGACGGAAAUACCAAGGAAAUGUUCCAUGGAAAUACAAUUAGUCCAAAACUGUUUCCACUUGGAUGCUUCCAUUAAUAAUUUCAGGAAAUCGAUAUUGAUUUCAUAACAUUAUUGUAUAUAUUGUUAUAACUUACCUGAAACUAUAUCUGGUAGUUAUUGUACUAAUUUGUUAUUUGAAGAUGCGAUUUCACACCUCGGAAGCCGAUAGUGCCACCACGAGGAUUUAUCGACAAUUCGAAAAUGACCAGACAGCUGAUUCAGAGGAUGUUUUAGGUAAACAAUCGUUGCCGUGUAUUGGAAUUUGACGCUAGCGAACAUGUAGGUCUGUUUCUAACUGUCUGGGAUGUCUUGCAAAAUUUAUAAAAGGAAAUUAGUAGAUGGUGUGGUACAAAGUUGCAUAGUGGUGUGUUUGCUUUUCCUAUUAGGCCUACAUAUUUUAUGGAACGACAUCGAAUAUGAUCAACUAAAGCCAACUCAAGAAACAGCACACAUAUCUGACAACCAUAUAAGGGCAAGCAUAUAUUCGAUUAGAUAUGGCGUCCUAGUUUCAGCAACGCAUCAAUCAGUGAGUGUAUCAAAUCAAACCAACUAUACACAGGAACAAAUAACACCAUCAUCUAAUAACAAAUCAAACCAGGAUCCUCUCGAAUCAGUGCUAGCUAAACUGCCUUGGGUGAGGCAACAAAACGUAUUACCAAAUUAUUUUACAAUGUCAUCAAAUCAAAUCAACGGUUCUUAUCGUGAUGCAGUAGCUGUAUACGUCCAUAACAACAAAGCAGCAGGAACGACUACAAAAAACUGUAUGCUAAAAGCGUUUCCCAAAGUGGGUAAACGCAUUUGGCAUGUCCUGACUGAUUGCGUUCGCGUAUCAUUGAGAAAAAACUAUAAAUUUGACGCAUUAAUGGGAGAUUAUUCUUUCGGUGUAUGUGACGAUCUCUCUAGGCCCUGUGCUUAUUUUACUUUCCUACGAGACCCAUACGAACGAACAAUUUCAAGUUACUCUUAUUGUCGUCGAGCAAGAAUGGACCAGCUCUGUAGAGCUCUCGAUCCGUGGAAAGUUUCUCUCAAUCAAUGGGGUAUUCACCAAGGUAGCUUUUUCUUCCGACAACUACUUUUCAAUCCAAAAUUCUGUUCCGGAUACAAGGAGUACUAUAAACGAAAUAUCAUUAAAAAUGAUUUGUACCUCCAAACUCCUUUCUGGUUCAGGGAACGGGUAAUUUUAUUGAAUAUGCUCUCCGUGGAGGAAUACGAUGCACUCGUCAAUUUUACACUAAAACACUUUGAGCAAUGGUUUGCUUUUAUUGGACUAACUAAAGAGUAUGAUUUGUCUCUAGAAUUAAUGAGCGCGGUAUUUGAUGUUCCGUUUCGAAGGGAAUGUUCUGGAAUGUAUGAUAAUUACAGUGGUUCAUAUUCAAAUCUAGGCCUGUUUACUAAUGACGCGAACAAUAUUACUUCAAAUGUAUCAAGCAGACGUGAGAUCCAUAAAAACUUGAUAGAAACACUCAAAUCUGAUGAACACGUGAAUGACGCGUUGUCGGCUGAUUAUAGAUUAUUCAAGAAAGCUGAAGAGAUAUUUGAAAGGCAAAAACGAAGGUUUUUCCAAAUGAAACUGGCUGGUUAAACCGGUUGAGCCUUGAUAGCUAUGUUUUGCAGUAUAUUACCAGUUUUUAGACCGUUCUAUGCUUUUGUUGAAUUUUAUGCCAGAAUACGUUAUAAAGCCGGGCAAACACUGUGCGUUGAUGGUCGUCGGCGACGAUGCAAUUUCAUUAGACGAGGCGUGCGCAACGGAUAAUUUUUAAUGACAAUCAGACAGCGUAAUCGUUCACCGAUAGCGGAAAUGGAUUCUACGAACGUCGGCCGACGAAGUAUGUGCCCGGCUUUAUUCUCGCAUCUGCGUUUUUAAUACAGAAAUGAUCCAAUGCCGAUUUUGAAUUUCUCCUUAAAAUAAUUCUAGAGAGAAAUUAAAAUAUUCAAUCAAUAUAUUCCAAUAUUCAAGCGCAAACGACAUUGAAAAACCGCUUCAGUAAUCGAAUACGCCUAUGUUGUACCUUCGUAGGAUCGGACGUCGUUUCACACAUCCAUAUAGUGGAUAUGUUUAGGUCUAAAAUGUGUGUAUCUUUGAGCCAUAAAUGAGCGAAAAAUUGAUUAUUCGUGGUGGAAAAUUGGUAUACUAUUAGCAGGGGUGGAUCCAGAAUUUUCAAACGGGGUAGGGGAGGGGCCACAACAUGUUCAAAAUAGUAAGUGAGUAGCGCUUACUUCAAUACGUAAUAUUAAUAGGCCUACCUAUGCAUUUAAUUAAUAAAAUUUAGUGCCAAAACUGUGGGGCGGGGGACGUACCCCCUUGCCCCCACUGGAUUCGCACCUGAUUAGAAUAGUGAAUAGUAAUUGUGUGAUCCAUUGUGUGAUAGGCUAAGUACAAAGUACGUCUGUAAGUUGUAAUUGUUAAACAUAUGUUCUUAGUCCAAAUACAUUACAGGUUAAUGUAUAGAGACUCAUUAAAUAGAAACAGGUAGCUUAUAUUUUAACCUGGUUUCCAUCAAAUUUCAUUUUGUUAAAUGCUCAUUAAUGGUAGCAAAAAAAACAAACGAA